AUGUUAGUUUGCACCCCGCCACUGGUCUGACUGGUAUUUCAAUUAGAAAAACGCAGGCAGAUUUCUCCUAGAGGCUAAAGUUCAUGUGGAGUCUCUGGUGAAACAAGAUCCUGGAGUACGUACCCUGGAACUGGGCAAUGAUUUGUAACUUUUUUUUAAUUCUCUGUCUGGCCAGAACGUUGUAAAUCUGGCGCUCACUUGUUAGCUUCACGCUAAGCAGCAAUAAUGUCCACAGUGUUUUAGUCCUGAUAAUUCUAAUUACUGAAGCACUGAAGAAGCUGAAAGCUGAGAAGAUGGACAAGGCUGGCCUCAGGUCCUGCCCAGCACAUGGGACUCUCUCUUUGUACCCCUGAACCAUAAUUCUCUUGUUUGCCAAGGCCAGCAAUGGAAGCAACAGCCAAGGUGUAUUAUUCCUGUGGUGCAGUGGUGGAAUCAAUGGAAAGAGGCCUGAUUUUAUCACCAGGUUUUCCAAACAACUACUACCCAGGGACACACUGUGUUUGGCAAUUUUUCAUUCCCAUGAGAACCCAUCUUAUCUUGGAAACUUUUGACUUUGACAUUUUUGAGAGCUCUAGUGAAACUUCAACCCCCUGGGAUGGCUUUUCAGCCCCCACUAAAACAGGAAACAAAGACAUUCCUUCUCUUGAGGAAAACCUGGAUUUUGAUCUCCAUACUACAAAACCAUCCCUUGGAGGGACCUGGAUGUCAAAGGUGGUUCAGAAUCUGAGCAGCACAGGAGAUCAGUCAAAGGACCUUCCUAGUCACCUGGAUGACCUUCCAGGGACAACCUCAAAAAAAGAUGAAGCCAAAAAAGCAUCUGAAGAAAACCAGUCGAAGCAGAUGAAGGAACCUAAAGCAAUUACCAAGACUCAAACAGAAGAACUGCCAUUCCCUGUGGCUGGCAGUGCCACAACGCAGAAGCAAAAUACCAGUGGCCUGGAAACAGAUUUGAAGGAGAAAAUCUUGCUUGCCCACCUAGCUGCUAGUAAGGGAGAUGAAGUUACAGUAGAGAGCCAGACUUUUCCCACAGCAGUAUUGCCUGUGGAAAUAUCCUCCAGCCCACAGUCAGCAGUGGAUAUAUGUCCCCAUGAUGUACUAUAUGUUUCUGAUCUCAUCACAUUUUCCUCUCGCUUCUGUGGACCAAACUCACCUUUAAACAAGACUAUGGUCUUUGGUUCAUCUCUGGAAAUGGUUGAGGUUAUCAUGGAACUGAUCACCACCACAGACCGAGGCCGAGGCUUUGCAAUGCUCUUUGAAUACAAGAACAUCACCGAACCCAACACUGUAGAUGCCGUGAGGCAGGGGAGAAAGGAAAAUACAAUGACGCUGGCAAUUGUAAUAGGGCUCGCCUUCUUUGCACUUGCUUUGCUCUCUGCACUCUGCAUAACUUGCAGACAGAGAAUGUGCCCCAAAAGGAGCUCAUCCAACACAUGCAGUGACCAGGAGAACAGGAUCCAGAACUCCACUGUUGAUAUCAAUGAGCUCCAGCUGGUGGUGCCAAACCGGGAGAAUGAAAACAACAACCACUCUGUGAGCCGGGAGCAGGCGGUCACUUCCUGCAUAGGCAGCACAGAACGGUCUCCUCAGGACACUGACCCAGAUGUGCCCUCCUCCAUAUCUGCAGUGACCACUGAGACUGGGAGUGAUGAAGUAUUUAUUAUUUCUGCUGGACCUGGUACUAGUGGGCUGAGCUUUACCACCUACAGAAUACAGGACAAAAAUCUAAAAAGAAGCGUCACGAGCCCAGCCUCAGUGUCUGACUGGUUGGCUUCUAAUCACACAGCUGCAGGAGCAGACACUGUUGAGAAGGGGAAUGCCCAGCUGGAAAAUCACUGUCCCAGACAACGCACAUGGAGUGCCCGCACUUUCCACGACUUCCUGGCUCCAAUACCACAGCUACAGAAAAAGUGGUGUAGCUGGACCACUAACAGUCCCUUCACAAAGCUGGUUGACAACAGUGGUUUUCCUACAACUGCAAGAUCUCAAGGUGCCUCAACCAGAAAAGUAAUCUCAGCCACUGAGAUAGAGGGAGCAUCAGGGACCAUUUACUCCGAUUCAUCUGCCAGUAAUGCUUCAUACCCCCUCACUCUGUCCGCACAAAGGCAGCGGAAGCUAAGCUCCUGCAAUUUGAAGAAAUCCAGGUUUGGGAACCCUUAUUUUGGAUUUUUAGCCAGUUCCCCUGACAGCAAACAUGUGAGGUCCUUGGAUCCAUCAAGACAUCUAGGGGCAACAUCUCCAGUUAAUAGCCAAAGCCCCAGAAAUCUUCUAGACAGCUCCAACCCACUGAAAAUCAACUUGGUCAAUGGUUCCAAAACGAAGGAACUUAUGUUAGAAACAGACAAAACCAAACCAGUUUUUGUUAUUUCUGAAGAAGGGGAUGAUCAGCAGCCUCUGGUCCUAGCAGAACACCUUAGUCAAUGUGGAGAUCAUCUGUCAGAGCAAACUGCUGUGUAUGCUCCAGCUGUGCCAGAUAAACAGCCAAUGGUUCUGACUGUGGAGGGAAACAGUUCUGCCAGCUUCAUGUCAAAUCUUCCCCUUUGGGCAAAAUCCCCCAGUUUAUACAAAGGUCAUGUGAAGGCCCCAAGCUCUUCCAGGGAACAGCAGAGCUCGUCAGCUGAGGAUGCUAAUACUACUGAGACCUCACAGAACUGUGAUACCAUAGCUGCUCCUACACUAAGCCAAGCUUCAGUCCAGUGAUGCCCUCAGAAAGACUGAGACAUCAGUUCACAAAAACAGAGACAACAGGGACAUGAUGAGAGUGGAAGCUGUGCCAAGCAGUUGAGCAUGGCAGUCACAGAUGGAUGCAACUUCGUUAAAAACGGUGUUUGCUUCCCAUCUGCUGGGACUGAGAUUAUGAUGAUGCAUACAAUAGCAUAGCACAAAUUCAACCUUUUCGUAUGUUCACAACCUCAUCUCUGUUCUUCUGCAUGGAAUUUUGAUGUGGUUUAUACAAGAAAGUAUCCUCUGAAAAAGUACUUCAGACUGCAGAAAACCUUUUCUGGAAUGAGAAAUGAAAGUCAUCUGACAUGGUUACACCAUGGUUUAUAUUUGAAAUGUCAAUCAGUCCUCUGCCAUUGUGGUAUCAUUCGAAUCUUUCUGUUGGGAGCUCUGAGUUAAAUUUUGUUUAUAGCUAUGCCUGUACAAUCCAAGCCUUGCCAAGCCAAGGGUAAGAAUUUAAUCAUGCAUGUUUGCGCACAGUUUUGUAAACUUAAUUUUAAGCAUUUCAUAACUUCUGUACUUUAGCACAAUUUACCAAGGAUUAGCAUCUCUAGUAUUACAAACAAUGAUUAUUUCAUAUCCUAACUCUUUAGAGAAGCAUAUGGACAAGCUAAGCAACCCAGUACUGGAUGCUAGUUCUAUAAAAGUCUGAUGUAGCUUUAUCUUUGUUAGAUCUACAUAGGCUUAAACCACCUUAGUCCACUACAUUUUUAAGUGACUCCUCAUGGCAACAGGAGCAUGUGUAUAGAAACACUGAAAUACUAGGGAUAGUUUUCAGCAUCCAACACUUGGGAUAUUUGCAGCUGCUCUGAUGCUAUAUCCACCAGCUAUUUAUUGCUGGUAACGCACAUUGCCUAGAGAACUAUUUCACUUCCUUUAGCAGGCAGGACUUAAAAAUAAAUGGGGCAAACUUUGAGUGCUCACUUUCUUUAGGAAUGGACUAUUAAGUGGUUGUGCCUCCCUGGUUACAAAUACAGGGCAUUCAAUUGAAUGCUGAACCAAAGGGAAGCGUGCUAGUCCUAUUGCCUUCACCCCAUCAGUAUUUUAAUUGCCUCCUGGUCAUGUUUUCCUGUCUUUGCAAGAAAAUCCUGCAUGUUCAGCCCACAACUUAGAAUUAUUUUGCUUUCUUAAAUGAAAGAAAUUCCUUAUGAAGCUGUAUUUUGCAGCUGAAACAGCACAUUGUUUUAAAGCAAUAGUAUGCCAUAAAACAGGUGUCAGAAAUAUCUUCCAUACAAAUCUUCCCCUAUAUUAGGUACAGUGCAUUGAGUUAUCUUAAUCCUUCUAUGUGAAGGCAUUUAAGUCUGAGUCCUGAAAUAUUUAAAUGAAUUAUUUAUGAUUUCACCUUCUAUUACAGCUUCCAUUUGCCACCUGUUAAUGUCUGAGAUAUGCAACACAAGACUGCUGGUUUUACCUUAUACUUUGAGUGUGUGUUUACAUGUCUACGUAGGCAUAGGAGCUUUUCAUCUGGCAGCAGUGGAAGCAAAUACAUAUAUGCCCUUUAGCAGUUGACUCAAACAUGAACAGCAAACAAGUCUCUACAUUUGUUAUUACCAGCCUGUGUUGAGUAGUUUUGAAGCACGAAGGUCUGGCUCCAAGUUGGUUUCUUUUGUUGUUGUUGAAUUGGCUUUUGUCAUUGUUGUUUUUUAAUUAAUGCUAUCUGAUUCAAAGGGAAGAGUUAAUAUAUUUAUGAUUUAAGAAAAUGUUUAGAUGUCUUCAGUACUCUAAUAAUAACUUCCAUUUCAUUAAAUUCAUAUACACUGUAAUUCAGAGUCAAUGUUCUGUUACUUCUUACAUUUCUAAAGAUUGAAGUACUGAAAUCAACUUUUGAAAAGUAUUUGUUCAGUUAUUGACAAUAGCUACAUUUGAAGGGCUGGAAAAAGUGACUUUUUCAA